GCCACCGCCGCGGAGGAGGAGGAGGAGGUGGCUGCGGGGACCGCCGAGGAAUCCCCUGCUGAAGGCGGCCCGCGGGGCGGCGGGUGUCGCGCGCGUGUGCGCGCGCCCGACUGGCGGCUGUUGGAGAAGUGGAGCGGCGGUCGCGGGGGGGAGGAGGAGGAGGGACUGAGCGGCGGCCCCCGCGUCCCGGUGCCUCUAUGGGGGAAGCAGACAAUGGAUUAUGAUUUCAAGGCGAAGCUGGCGGCGGAGCGGGAGCGGGUGGAGGAUUUGUUUGAGUACGAAGGGUGCAAAGUGGGACGCGGCACCUACGGGCACGUCUACAAGGCGAGGCGGAAAGAUGGAUUCCAGGAGGGCUUCGUGUAUGGACCUCAAGCGUUGGAGGUUGCAGACUUUUCAGCAGAAGAAUUGCUUGCACCAAGCGUUUUUCCGAACACAGUGUCUCAGAUGGAAAGAAAAGAUGAAAAGGAAUAUGCAUUGAAGCAAAUUGAAGGCACAGGAAUAUCCAUGUCGGCUUGUAGAGAGAUUGCACUUUUGCGAGAAUUGAAGCACCCCAAUGUGAUCGCAUUGCAGAAGGUGUUCCUUUCUCACAGUGACAGGAAGGUGUGGCUGCUGUUUGACUAUGCAGAACAUGAUUUGUGGCAUAUUAUUAAGUUUCACCGUGCAUCAAAAGCAAAUAAAAAGCCCAUGCAGUUGCCAAGAUCUAUGGUUAAAUCAUUACUUUAUCAGAUUCUUGAUGGUAUCCAUUACCUCCAUGCAAAUUGGGUGCUUCACAGAGAUCUGAAACCAGCAAAUAUCCUAGUAAUGGGAGAAGGUCCUGAGAGGGGGAGAGUCAAAAUAGCUGACAUGGGUUUUGCCAGAUUAUUCAAUUCUCCUCUAAAGCCACUAGCAGAUUUGGAUCCAGUAGUUGUGACUUUUUGGUAUCGGGCUCCGGAACUUUUGCUUGGUGCAAGGCAUUAUACAAAAGCCAUUGAUAUAUGGGCAAUAGGUUGCAUAUUUGCUGAAUUGUUGACUUCAGAGCCCAUUUUUCACUGUCGUCAGGAAGAUAUAAAAACAAGCAAUCCCUUUCAUCAUGAUCAACUCGAUCGGAUAUUUAGUGUCAUGGGAUUUCCUGCAGAUAAAGACUGGGAAGAUAUUAGAAAGAUGCCAGAAUACCCCACACUUCAAAAGGACUUUAGAAGAACAACAUAUGCCAACAGUAGCCUCAUAAAGUACAUGGAAAAACACAAGGUCAAGCCUGACAGCAAAGUGUUCCUCUUGCUUCAGAAACUCCUCACUAUGGAUCCAACGAAGAGAAUCACCUCCGAACAAGCUCUGCAGGACCCCUAUUUCCAGGAGGACCCCCUGCCCACCUUGGAUGUGUUUGCUGGCUGCCAGAUUCCAUACCCCAAACGAGAAUUCCUAAAUGAAGAUGAACCUGAAGAGAAAGGCGAUAAGAAUCAGCAACAGCAACAGAACCAACAUCAGCAGCCCACGGUCCCUCCAGCACAGACAGCAGCCCCUCCGCAGGCGCCCCCUCAGCAGCAGAGCAGCACCCAGACCAACGGGACUGCAGGAGGGGCCGGGGCCGGGGCCGGGGGCACCGCAGCAGGGCUGCAGCACAGCCAGGACUCCGGCCUCAACCAGGUGCCUCCCAGCAAGAAGCCACGGCUGGGGCCUUCAGGCGCAAACUCAGGCGGGCCUGUCAUGCCAUCAGAUUAUCAGCACUCCAGUUCUCGCCUGAAUUACCAAAGCAGUGUUCAGGGAUCCUCGCAGUCCCAGAGCACACUAGGCUACUCCUCCUCAUCUCAGCAGAGCACCCAGUACCACCCAUCUCACCAGGCCCAUCGGUACUGACUCCCGCAGCCCAGAGCAGACUCCAGCAAUAUGAUGUCCGCAUUGAAGAGAAUCAAAAAUGCAAAAACUGUGAUGCCGUGUAAAACUUACCCACGUGGGAGGAAGACUGUAUUCUGAGCAUCUUGCAGGACUGAUGUCUCUUCUCUAUUGACUUACAGAAGAUUUUCGUGAAGUUUCCCCAGCACCCUUUCCCUGCAUGUGUUCAUCGUGACUUCUCUGAUCGGGCGUCUGAUCCAAUCCCAGCACUUACCUUCUGUGACCUUCAGCAUUCUUUUGAAGGAUUUCCUGGUGCACCUUUCUCGUGCUGUAGCAAUCACUAUGAUUUAUCUUUUCAAAGCUCUUUUAAUAGGAUUUUAAUGUUCUAGAAUCAGGACUCCAGUGGUGUAAAGUUUUAUACUUCAUCAACUAACCUAGCAACACAGGUAAAAACGUACCUUUUAAAGCACUACGUUAUUUUCACAAAAUAUAACUGUUUUGCUCAUGGAAGUCUUAAACAGAAAUUGUUACUGUCCCAAAGUACUUUAUUAUUAUGUUUUUAUUUAUCUAGUUUCAGGGAAGGUCUAAUAAAAAGACAAGUGGUGGGACAGAGGGAGCCUACAACCAAAAACAGCCUACAUCUUCGCAGUUGGUAUGCUUCAUGCAAUGAAGCACCGAAGUGUGUGAUGGUUUUUAUGUAAUCAUUUACAUGGAACUUAGUUCCCAGAAUCAUCUUAUCCUGAACAGUAGUCAGUAAUGAAGAAUUAUAAAUUUAACUUCCUGUAGCUAAGUCUGCGUUAAAAGGGUUUUGAGAGCUUUGAUGAAAUGCAGUCCUCUGGUGACCCGCACCAGAGAGCUGAAGAGAACAUUAACUGCACUAGGAUUCUUUAAGGAGCAAUGCUGAUCAGAGGAUAUAUUACUUUCCUUUGAAGGAAAAGCUUCUAGUGUGUAUUGUACAUAACGUUGGCUUCUCUAAAGAGCUGUUGGUUUCUUCACAUGUGGGCCAUCUUGAGUAACUUUCUUACAUAAUCAAGGGUACUCGACAGAAGCCUGCCAAUGAAUCUGCUUUUAAAAUAAAGAGCAGUGUUCUCCAUUUGUAUUUGCAUUAGAUAUAGAGUGACUAUUUUUAAGGCAUGUUAAAAAUUUAGGUUUUAUUCAUGUUUAAAGUAUGUAUUAUGUAUGCAUAAUUUUGCUGUUGUUACUGAAACAUAAUUCUAUCAAGAAUCU